GGCGGCCCCUGGGAGCCCACACUGGUCCUGCAGCUGUGAGCGCGAGAAGGAUGGCCGGAUUUGGACCUGAUACCCAGGACUCACCUGUGCACCGUGACCCACGGGACUGACCCCUGACUGACCCCUGCAGCGGCUCCGGCUCUGCUCUACACGUUCGAGGAGCUCCUUAUCCGGGCUUGUCCCAGGCGCUGCCUCCGCUCCUGGUUCCGACGGACGGACUGAACAGCCACAAAGUCCCGUGCUCCCGCCGCUACAGGAUUUACUCAGCUCAAUUCUCACUGCCGCGGUGUCGCUUAUUUGUGUCGGGGUCGUUAUUUUUACUUUUGCUCCGGUAUCUCAUUUUUAAAACGCUAAAAAACACUCUUCUUUCUCAUCUUUCCCAUCUGUGGCUCUGGAGCGUUAGCAUUAGCACUAGCCGGCUAGUGCAGUUACUAAGCAACAAGGCCAUCCUGUUAGCCAUUAGCCCGGUGCACAUCCGUCACCGCAGCGGCUCUCUGCUCGGAGCUACCGCGGGAAGGAGCUGCCAUCGCCGGACAGCAACAGGAGCAACAGCCGGUACUUUCCCCGGUGCUAACACUACAGCGAAAGACGGCCAUAACUAUCUAUUUUUAACCUGUAUUUUUUACCACACCGAGCCCUCCGGUCCCGUGCGCGUCUGACGGGUGUUUUUUAAAGACUUCAACACUAAAUAAACCCAAAGUUUCCCCUUUUCCUUCUCCGGAGCUUUAGCAUUAGCUGCUAGCCUAGCCGCUGGCUAUUUACGUCACUUAACGGUGGACAAAAGUGGGUUUUUAUGGAUGUAAGCUGUAUUUAAACUGUAAACGCGGAGCUUUGGUUUGUGAGCACAGUGUUGGGACAUGGGGUAGCGGUGUAAAGUUACCCCGACAUCUGUAACCACAACGGGAUCAGAGAGAAGCCUGCCCGGGGGAGGCUGCCUUUCUGGGCUACAGUCUGGAGCAACCUCGGUCCUCUGGAGGAUGUAGCGGUGGAAACACGUUUAUUACACUCAAUGAUUUGAUUACUUUAUACAGUAGCGUUUGACUCAUGUGUGGCUCGGAUUUGAAGGUGGUCUAACGCCGUCUGGAGGUCACAGAUCACACCGGGCGCAGACAGAUUCGAAAUCCUGACGAGGUGGCUGAGUUUUCGGUCUCGGGACAGCAGAGGGAUCGGGCCGCAGCUAUGAACUACCAGCAGCAUCUGGCCACCUCCGCGGCCAUCCGGGGAGAGAUCCAACGCUUCGAGUCCGUGCACCCGAACAUCUACUCCAUCUACGAGCUGCUGGAGCGCGUGGAGGAGCCGCUGCUGCAGAACCAAAUCCGUGAGCACGUCAUCGCCAUAGAAGAUGCGUUUGUGAACAGUCAGGAGUGGACGCUGAGCAGAUCUGUGCCUGAACUCAAAGUGGGGAUUGUGGGUAAUCUGGCGAGUGGGAAAUCAGCGCUGGUCCACAGAUAUCUGACUGGAACUUAUGUACAAGAGGAGUCUCCAGAAGCUGACAGUGACGCAGGUGGUCGGUUUAAAAAGGAGAUCGUGGUGGAUGGUCAGAGUCACCUGCUGCUCAUCAGGGACGAAGGAGGCCCCCCGGAGGCUCAGUUUGCCCUGUGGGUGGACGCCGUGGUGUUCGUCUUCUCUCUGGAGGAUGAGAUCAGUUUUCAGACGGUGUUUCAUUAUUUCACUCGUUUGGCCAAUUUCAGAAACACAAACGACCUUCCACUGGUACUCGUGGGAACGCAAGAUGCAAUCAGCUCUGUGAACCCUCGUGUGAUUGAUGACGGCCGUGCCCGAAAACUCUCAAACGAACUGAAGCGCUGCACCUACUACGAGACCUGCGCCACCUACGGGCUCAAUGUGGAACGAGUUUUUCAGGACGUGGCUCAAAAAAUUGUAUCUCUGAGAAAGAAGCAGCAGCUGUCCAUUGGUCCAUGUAAAUCUCUCCCAAACUCUCCGUCACACUGCCCCGGAACGGCUCCACAGGCCAGUGCUGCUAUCCCACUAUCACAGACGUCGAAUGGUUCUGCUGCUGGAGGAAACCUGAGCGAUUACUCGUCCUCUGUGCCCUCCACCCCCAGCACCAGCCAGAAAGAACUACGCAUCGAAGUACAACAUACUGCAAAUACUUCAAAUACUCCUACGCCUGUACGCAAGCAGAGCAAGAGGAGGUCUAACCUGUUUACGUCGCGAAAGGCCAGUGAAACCGACAAAGAUAAGAAGAGUGUGGAGAGUAGAGCAGACAGCAUCGGCAGCGGAAGAGCUAUCCCCAUCAAACAGGGCAUGUUAUUGAAGAGGAGCGGCAAAUCUCUCAACAAAGAAUGGAAGAAGAAAUAUGUGACACUGUGUGACAACGGGCUUCUCACCUACCACCCCAGUUUACAUGACUACAUGCAGAACGUUCACGGCAAAGAGAUUGAUCUCCUCAGAACCACAGUGAAGGUUCCAGGAAAAAGACCUCCACGAGCCGUGUCCACCUGCGCUGUUGCCAAGAGCAACGGGUUAAACAAGGAGCUGAGCAACCUGCAGAUUAGUACAGGCUCAGUCAGCAGCAGUUCAUCCGUAGUGUCUCAGAUGGGCUCCGGGGGGCACCAGAGAUCCUUCUCUGUGUCCAGCGCUGACCAGUGGACAGACGCCACAGUCAUCGCCAACUCUGGUAUAAACACAGAAUCUCUGCUGGGAGAUUGCUCCAGUCCAAAGAUGGAGCCUCCUCCAUCGCCUCACGCCAACCGCAAGAAACACCGACGCAAGAAGAGCACGAGUAACUUCAAGGCUGAUGGACUGCUCACUAAUGAAGAUGCAGAGGAGAGCUUUGACUUCCAGAUUGUGUCCCUCACUGGACAAACGUGGCAUUUUGAGGCAACGUCGUACGAGGAGAGAGACGCCUGGGUCCAAGUCAUCGAGAGUCAGAUCCUCGCGUCUCUACAGAGCUGUGAAUCCAGCAAAAACAAGUCUCGGUUGCCGAGUCAGACUGAAGCUAUGGCUCUGCAGGCCAUCAGGAGCCAGAGAGGAAACAGCCGCUGUGUCGACUGCGGAGCCAACAAUCCGGACUGGGCCAGCCUUAACCUGGGGGCCCUGAUCUGUAUUGAAUGCUCUGGGAUCCACAGGAACCUGGGGACUCACCUGUCCAGAGUCCGGUCUCUGGAUCUGGACGACUGGCCUCUGGAGCUCAUCAAAGUCCUGAGCAGCAUCGGCAACGAGCUGUGCAACGCUGUGUGGGAGGGGAACACCCAAGGGAGACCAAAGCCCACACCCGAUGCAACAAGAGAGGAGCGCGAGCGUUGGAUCCGGGCUAAGUACGAGCAGCGUCUGUUCCUGCCCCCCCUGCCGCCCUCGGAGCUGUCUCUGGGGCAGGCGCUGCUCAGGGCCGUUGCUGAUGAUGAUCUCCCGUCUGUGGUCCUGAUCCUGGCCCAUGGCUCUAGAGUCCAGGUGAAUCAGACCUACAGCGAGACCGACCCCAGGACCGCCCUGCACCUGUCGGCCGGCAGGGGCAACGUGGUGGUCACUCAGCUGCUCAUAUGGUACGGCGUUGACGUUGGAGCCCGUGAUGCGUUGGGGCACAGUGCUUUGGCGUACGCUCGUCAGGCACAGAGUCAGGACUGUGCCGAGGUCCUGAUCCAAUAUGGUUGCCCCGAGGACCGCGUUCCACUAGCAUCAGGGCUAGCCCCAUUAGCUGCCACGCCCAAUCUGUCACGCAGGAACAUGAACCGCAACAAUAGCUGCAGUAGCGCCGGAUCUGCGUCGCUGCUAUAGGCCCUGCUCACCACCACGCCCACUGCCACUAACUUGAACACUAACAUGAAGUUUAAUGACUCACAUGAUGACCCCAAAGGAUGCUGGGUGGUGUAGUCCACACACACAUGUACACACACACAGAGGGGAUAAUUAUAUCUGUAAUCAUGAAUAAUGAAGUCACGUGAAGCCCCAAAGCAUUCUGGGAGAUGUGGUCCAAGAUAAACAUGCCUGACAACCUGAAACAAAGCUACAGGCAGGAGGAAGAAAGGUGUUUGAGGUCAGAGAGAAAGUGGAGGAGUCCCAUUCAAACGGGAAUCUGAGAUGAAAGGUGAGCAUUAGAUUUGAGCGAGACGAGGAAGUCUGAGAGAAGAGAAUGUCUGCGAGGAGACGGAGAGCCGAGAGUCUUAAAGGAGAAACUAUAGUGUUUGUGAAGUUAUUUUGAAAAAAGCUAUGUUUUUUGGCUCGACAGAAAAGAUACCAUAACAAAUUUGGAAUGUCUAAAACAGUGGGGUGAGAGUUUUUGUUUUUUGCCACUACAAAAUAAGACUCCAUUUGAGUUAUAAUGUACAGAUAUUUAAAUCAAACACUAAACAUUUUGACAAGCACUUCCUGUUUCCACACUACAAAAACCUGCUUAAAGUCUGUAAUCUUCUGAUGAAACGACAACAACCGCUAAGGACGCUGGGAAAUGUAGUCCACAAUCUCCCUCUGUAUAAGAACAUUUUAUGGAGGGACAAUGCUUAAAAACUAGUUUCUUUUUACCUCAUGGACGACGGCCAGUUCCUGUGACAUCACCCCUGAGAGCCAAUCAGAAUCCAGCGCUAGACUCUCCUAAAGCGGUUGAAUGUCAGGACAGAUUUGUAGACGUAGUUUGAGUCAAUGCAUGUUUUUGUAAUGUUUAUUUAAAUUGUGAAUAGUGAGAUGUUCAUUGCUGGACCAAUGUUUGAAGAAACUCGGUGGAAAAGGAGGGAUUUUGUCUUGUUUUUUAUGUUAAAUAUUUUAACGUGUACAGACCCGCUCAGGAACUUUUUAUGUUUUUGGAUUUCUUUACAAUUUGACCGAAAAUUAUGCUUCGAAAACUGGUUUAAAUUUGACAAAAAAACGGAAAUCUCAAACAAAAUGUAAAAGUUCUAUUUCAACAUAGUUUUAUUCUAGAUUCUUCUUUGACAAUUUAGGACAAAAUCUGGACUUAACUGGGACUGAACCUGGGACUGAACUGGGAAUGAACCAGGACUGAACCAGGACUGAAACAGGCACUAAACCAGGAUUGAAAUUUAUGACUAAACUAGGGAUUAAACCAGGACUUUUCUCCACCCAAAUUCUGAUAUUUAUUUGGUUGUUUUGCUCUGAGAUUUCUGAGUUUUUGUCAAAUCAAACAUCUUUAAUCCAAAUUCAAACAUGAAAAAGCCACAAAAGGAUUCAAAGGGAAAAAGUGUCACAGAUUUAACACAAACAGAACCUGAAAACCUCUGGACGAAGGGCUUCUCUGCUGUGCACUAAUCUGACAUUAGAUUGAACAUGUUUGAACAUUCACCCAGAAAAAGAAUUUCAUAUUUUUGUCUGAAAUGUAUUUAUUUUCUGGAUUUGAAUCAAGAGAAAUUUACCAGAGGUUUCUGAAAAUCCUACUAAACUAAUACAAGUUUAAACUAGAACUAAACCAGGACUAAACCAGGACUAAGCCAAUGUGUAAACCAGGGACUAAACCAGGGACUAAACCAGGGACUAAACCAGGGACUAAACCAGGGACUAAACCAGAGAACUGAGCAGGACUGAGCCAGGACUUACCCUGGUCAAGUCCUGAACUUCUCCUGACCUAGACCAGGUCUAAACCAGGUCUAAACCAGGUCUAAACCAGGUCUAAACCAGGUCUAAAACAGGUCUAAAACAGGUCUAAAACAGGUCUAAAACAGGUCUAAAACAGUACUUAACCUUUCUAAACUCAUCAUGAUUUAUUAAAAAGAUGGAUUAAUAAAAGUAUUGUUCUUUCAGAAUCUUCUGGUAAAUAAAUCUUGUUUGUUUUGACUGAGGAGGAUUUAAAGAAGCUCCAAACUCUGUGUAAGACUUUUAUUCUGAAACUGUCUCCGUCCUGUUUCAUGAUUUAUUCUGAAAAUCCACCAAAGCAAUAUCCAUCUGUCACGCAUCCACUUUCAGUGUUCUUCACAAACUUCAAAACAGUUUAAACUGAAACAGAACCCAAAACCUUCAUACUUGUCAAUCAUGAUUUAUUCUGUUAAUGUUUACUUUGCUGUUUUUUUCCUUUGUCAAGUGCCAUUUUUCAGUUUUCUCCUAAACUGUUCAUCCUCUACACUCCUAUUUAAAGAGGGGGUAUUCUGCAAAAUGGACUUUUUGGCACUUUCUACCAUGUUAUAAUGUAGUUUCCUCAAAAGGUUUUAGAUGUCAUCCAUGCGUGUUUGAGUAAUAUAGCGAUCUCUCCUCGGCCCUAUUCAAAACGUCCUUAUGCUUAGCAAUACGAUCCUGUACAAGGCUCUGCCCAUAAGCCUAUGUCACCCAUGCUCCCAGAUGACAGUGCUACAUAAAUAUACAAAAACAUGAUAAAACACAACAACUUGACAAACCUGAUGUGAGGUGCAGUAGUUUCAUUAGUGGGAUGCAGCUCAUUGUAAUGUCAUAGAGCUCUGAAGGGGGAGUGACUUAGCAUGGGGAGCAAUGGGGUGGGGGCACUCAGAGUGUCAAAAAUGAAAGUAAAACCUAUAAAAUUUGUUAAUACGUUGUUUUAGGUGAAUAUAGCAUGUUCAAAACAAUAAAAGAUAACCUGGUGAUCAAAAUAUGUUAGCAGUUAAUACUCCAUAGAAAUAAAAUACCCUCUCUUUAAAAUAAACAGACUGCACUAAACAUUUUAACACUAAUUAUUUUCUGACUUUAUAAAAAACAUAUCAGUUUAACACUAAAAGUAAUGACACAAAGUUUAGUUCAGAAUUCUCAGGUGGGGUUUCUGUGUAACUGUCAGAUUGACCUGGUUUAUGGUGAAUAUCUCUGUAAUCACUGGGCCAAUCCACAUGAAACAGAAACUGGCAGCGUCUUCUUUGUCUAUUUAAAGAAACAAAAGUCAAAUGUUUUUCACAAUAACUUCAGUAAGUUGUGGUCAUUGUUCAAAGGACUUUAAGCCAUAAGAUUAAUAUGAUGAGUUUGUGGAGCCAAUCCCAAACUAAUAAUGAGAAGGUUCAACAUUUGUGGCUCAUAUGUUUGGAGAUUUCUUUAAAAACAGUGAAUCUCCCAUAGAGUUACGUAGGCCCCUGCUCCAUCUGAGAUUUUAACGACAUCAAAUUCAAUACCAUCCUAGUUUAUAGAUUUUUCUUUGCACACUAAAUUCUACUAAAAUGUCUUUAGUCUCUUCUGGUGCUAAAACAGACUUUAUUUUCACUUAUUUCCGUUUCUUUUGGUCCAUUUCACGUCAAAUGUCUCUAAAACAGUGUCAUAGAUUCAUAUCCAUCAGCAUUACAUCAGAAAUAUCAUGUUUUGUUAUCGUUUACCUUUUUGUGAAGCCUCCAUUUUGUGUCGUGUCUUUGUAAAUAAAGUUUUGUGUGUAAGCCCCGCCCACUUACCUGUCAGGUGUGUAAGCUCUGCUCACUCUGUCCUCAUGACAUCACAGUGGAAACAUUUAUUCUGAUAUUAAUAUUCAUUUGUACAGUCGCUGUUUAAAGUGAAUAAAGACACAGGAAUCUUUC